AGCAGGACCCUUGCACCUUUUGUGCUGGGCCCUUUGUUAGCUGGUCACAGCAGUAGCCUGGAGGAGCACAUCAGCCAUGUUUUUUUUUUUGUGUGUGUGUGAUUGGAGCAAGGACAUAAAAAUAAAAUUAAAUGGGAAGUGGGAUUUAUGUGAAUGUAUUAAUUUGAAUAACCAUUUUGUUGUUUAUAAAUAGCUACAGGGUCCUCCACUCUUACUAAAUAUGUGUUUUUGACAAUUGUUUCUAUAUAUAUAUAUAUUUAUGGAAAUAUCUAUCUUUCUAUGUAUGGUGAUGAUGUGAAGCUGCAGCAUCACCAAGGUGAACUGCAGAUAACCUCAUGACGUUGCGCACAUAGUAUGCCAGCCUAUAUAAAAUUCACGUUGGCCGCAUGUAUCUGCUGGUGCUCUGAGCCGCUGAUAAGGCUUUGCAGAUCACCUGACUUCAAUCUAGAUGAAGGAUGAGCUUCUCGGGUAUAGAUAUUGUCCAUCCUGCUGAUGCUCCCUCCUCGUCUCAUCGUAAACUCUUGUGCACCCUCUGGUGCUUGCUAGUCUCCCAAACUUCUUUGUGUAGCCUGCUUUGCAGAUUGUCUUCCUUGUCUGUGUGGUUGCUCAUUAUUCAGAGACAGACGGAUCUCAGGUCAUCUGCAGCUGCAGCGAAGGAGAAGCAGGAAAGAUGGCGAUCAUCUAUUAGACCGACCGGGCGCACGCAUGAAAAACGAGGACAACUUUCGGGAGGAUCGCUCGAGGAGAAGAUUGUACCAGUUUCCCUGAUUUUCCAGGGAGUUCUCCCCCUUUUCAGUGAUGGAGGUGUUGCAGUGUGAUGGCUGUGACUUCCGCGGCGAGUCAUACGAUGACUUAAAGACCCACAUUCAGGAAGUCCACACUGUUUUCCUGCAGCCCUCGGAUGCAGAUGAGUCGGGCUCUGUGCGAGAAGAGGAUGAGGAAGGAGAAGAAGAGGAAAAUGAGGAUAAGGAAGACAAGGAUGACCAGGAUUACAUGCCCCCUAAAGCUGGAAUGAGUCCCAACUCUUCUGAAGGCCUCAACCAAACGUCAAAGAAACCAACUACUGAAACCCAUCUUCCGUUUUACCAAUGCAAGUUUUGCAUCCGUUACUUCCGGUCAAAGUCGUUCUUAAGAAAUCACACCAAAAAGGUCCAUAAUGUCACAGAGGAUGAUUCAGAUGCCAGUGUCUCCUCAGACACUGCUAAGCAGGCCAGUUACACUGUAAUAACGCACAAUGAUCAUUCAAAAGUAUAUUCCUGUCAGUAUUGCACGUACAAGUCUCCCCGCAAAGCAAGGAUCUUGAAGCACCAACUAAUGUAUCAUAACAAAGUUCCCUCCAGUAGCGCCGAAGAUCAACCAGAGCACAUCGAGGCUGAGGAGGAAUCUGAAGCAGCUGCUGGACUCAAGGGAACAUUUCCUUGCGAAUGGUGUGCCUACCAGACGGACCAGAAAGACAGCUGGACUAACCAUUUGGUAAAAGAACACAGUGAUAAGGUGAAGAUCAUUUCCAACACUGAAAAUGUAGAAGAGGAACCAAGCGCAAGCUCACCCAGGCCCAUUUCUCCAACCUCUUCCCCUAGCCCGACAGGAUCAAAUGUGAUUUUGACCGGAAAAGAAGAUUCAGUGGGGAAACCAGAACAAAUGGUAGAAAAUUCAGUUGCUGAAAUCUCAUCAAUUCAAUAUGCACAGAUAAGUGCAGUCACACCCAACAGCACAGGUUCUUCUAUUCUGUCAAAAAGAUUUGCCUCCUCUGAUAUCUCGAACAAUGUCACACAUGUGGACGAUAACUUGGUCAAUGAGGACGACUCGAGGAGCAGCUUGGAGGAUGACGACGACGAAGAAGUGGGUGAUAUAGAUGAUCCCAGUUACACAGGAACCCUCUCUGCAGAUGCAAAGCAGCUGUUAACAGAUGGCGAUAAUAAAUUACUGGAAACUAAAGGAAUACCAUUUAGGAGGUACAUGAACCGAUUCCAGUGCCCCUUCUGCUCCUUCCUUACGAUGCACAGGCGGAGUAUAUCCCGCCACAUUGAAAAUAUUCACCUCUCCGGCAAAACCACAGUGUACAAAUGUGACGAAUGCCCCUUUAUUUGCACCAGCCCUUUGAAGCUCGGGACACACAAGCAAAGCCACACUCCCUCGGAUUUGGAGACAUUGGACCUUACAGGUGAUAGCCCAGAGCCUCAGAACGAUUGUGCCACAGAGCCACUUAACGGGGGAAGUAUAAGCUCCAGAGUGAAUGGGAAAAAGCAAACCAGCACAUCAAAUGACCAGCAGAAUCCUCAUCGCUGCACACUCUGCAGCUUCUCUACCACCACUCUAAAAGGUCUGAGAGUCCACCAGCAGCACAAGCACUCCUACUGUGAUGACUUAGAUUCCACUGUCUUUGAAACCCAGAUGAGUGACCAGCCAGACACUGAGGUGGAACCUUCACCAAUGUUUCUGCAAAAAACCCAGACAUCCAUAUUAGGAUCUGCCACCAAGAAAACAUUGGUUACAGGAAAAAGAGCCAGGAAGUCCAUAAAUGACUUGCCUUUGGAUCUGUCCUCAGUCAAAAAGAGAACUAGAAUUGAUGAAAUUGCCAGUAACCUUCAGAGUAAGAUAAGCCAAAGCCAGCAGGACAUGAUCAUCACCCUGGAUGACAUGGAUGAUGAAGACAAUGGGGAAAAUAAUGGCAGUGGUGACGAGAUUAGAAACCACGACAACAAAAACCCGGUCUUUGCUUACAACACGCAUCUGUUUCAUCAAGAGUCCCCAAUCUCUCAUGAAGGAGGCAGAAUAGGGAAAAGAAAAAGCAACCCCAAAUUAAAACCUAGAAACAUUCCAAUAUCUCUGACUCUCUCCGACGAUGGUGAAAAUAUCUCAGCUGAUCCGAGUGACGGCACCAUCCACGAGAACAUGGACUAUUCAGACGAUUCUGGAACCAUGCGGUUCUACUGUAAACACUGUGAUUACCACAACAAAUCAGCUCGAAGUGUGAGCACUCACUACCAGAGGAUGCACCCUUACAUCAAGUUCAGCUUUAAGUACAUCCUGGAUCCUGAAGACCAGAGUGCUGUCUUCCGCUGUUUAGAGUGCUACAUUGAAUACACAAAUUACAAUGACUUGCACCAACACUACAUGGAUCACCACCCAGAAGCAAGCAACGUGCUCAACUUCAACCAACCGCAUCUUCUGUACAUGUGCAGGUUUUGCUCAUACACAAGCCCCAACGUCAGGAGCCUGAUGCCUCAUUACCAAAGAAUGCACCCUACCGUAAAAAUCAACAAUGCCAUGAUCUUCUCCAGCUACAUUGUAGAGCAGAGUCACAAGACCAGUGAAUCGCAAACACUUAGAGAGAUAUUAAACUCCGGCCCCAAAAGUUUUAACUCAUCAUCUCCAAUGCCCAGGUCCUCCUCAAGCCCAGUGUUGAAAACGGUUCCCAAGUCUCCAGAAGCCAGUGUCGAGACAGAAUCUCUCAAAGAAACUAUCAGUAAUGUUGUUGUGUAUGACUGUGAUGUGUGCUCCUUUUCCAGCGCUAACAUGCACUCAGUGUUGGUCCACUACCAAAAGAAACACCCAGAGCAAAAGGCAUCUUAUUUCCGUAUACAAAAAACAAUGAAGGUGGUCUCAGUUGAUCAGUCUCACCCUUUGGCAAACUCCUCCUUCAGCCCUGCUAUCUCCUGCACUCCAAAACAAUCCAAUAUAACUGUGUUUGGAUCAGAUGAAGAAAUGUACUACUGUAAACACUGUGUGUACAGCAACAAGUCUGUUGUUGGUGUGCUGGUCCAUUACCAAAAAAGACACCCAGAAGUGAAAGUGACAGCUAAAUACAUCAAGCACGGCCCUCCCACUCCCGGUUUGAUGAAAUUGAUGGAUGAACUGCAAAUUGCUGCUCCCAAGCAAUUUUUAAAGCAAUUUCAAAAUAAUGGCCACAAUGGCUCCAAAAACUCAAGCUCCAAACUAGGAGGUGGUGAAAAAGGGGAAGAAGAACUGUUCUUUUGCCAGCACUGUGAUUAUGGCAACCGCACCGUAAAGGGAGUGCUGAUCCACUACCAGAAAAAGCACAGGGAAACCAAGGCCAACGCCGACCUGGUGCGGCGUCACACUGCAGUGGUGAGGAGUCAGCGUGAGCGAGCACAGAUGGUCCAGUCCAGCAGCGCUUCCUCUUCUGCGAUCUCUGCUUCUGCAGACAAUGAGAAUGCAACACCUAUGCGCUCCCUUAAGUGCAGACACUGUUCGUAUACAACCCCCUACGUGUAUGCCCUAAAGAAGCAUCUAAAGAAGGAGCACCCUACUGUGAAAGCAACAGCCAUGACCAUUUUACACUGGGCUUACCAAGAUGGGAUUCUGGAGGCGGGUUAUCACUGCGAGUGGUGCAUUUAUUCUCAUGCUGAUCCACAGGGCCUUUUGCUUCAUUACCAAAGACGCCACCCUGAGCAUAAUGUUGAUUAUGCAUACAUGGCCAGCAAGCUGUGGGCAGGGCCAGAAACCACCCAGCAAGGGGGAAAUGUGGACACAAAACAUUACAAAUGUAGAGACUGUGCCUUUGAGGCUUGCUCAAUAUGGGACAUUACAAGUCACUACCAGGCUGUCCACCCCUGGGCUAUCAAAGAGGAUGAAUCUGUGCUUUUGGAUAUCAUCAAAGGGAAUGGCUCUGAUGAAAGGUUUCAGCAACAGGUUGCAAAGGAGCAUGGAUUUCUGGAUUGCCAGUCUGAUGAAGGAGCACUAGUUAUUGCCACCCCACUUCAAGAAAGCCAUUCCCACUCACGCCUUUCCAUUUCUAACAAUCCUUAUCAAUGUACUGUGUGUCUGUCAGAGUACAACAGCCUCCACGGCCUCCUAACUCACUACGGCAAGAAGCACCCAGGCAUGAAAGUAAAAGCUGCAGAUUUUGCACAAGAGGCAGACAUCAACCCCAGUUCUGUUUAUAAAUGCCGCCACUGUCCGUAUGUGAACUCCCGCAUUCAUGGGGUCCUCACUCACUAUCAGAAGCGCCACCCAAUAGUUAAAGUCACAGCCGAGGACUUUGCCGAUGAUAUAGAGCACAUAUCAGAGCUGCACGAAGGAGACGACAAGUUCAAAACUCAGAGACAGGGCUAUGGUGCCUACAGAUGCAAAUUGUGCCCGUACACACAUGGGACGCUGGAGAAACUCAAAAUCCAUUAUGAGAAAUAUCACAAUCAAUCGGCAUCAGAUAUAUUCGCACCCUCUCUGAGUAAUCUUUCCUCCUACAGAGAAAUGGAGCCAAUGGCUGAAUGCAGCAGCAGUAAUAUUUCAAGCGCUGCUAAAGUGCAUGAGGUGAGUGAGUUGGACCUUGCCUUCUCUCAGUUACCCAUCAAUAAGCCAGAGAAACAUGCUGUAUUCAAGUGUCAGCUCUGCAAGUACUUCUGCUCCACAAGGAAAGGCAUCGCUCGCCACUACCGCAUCAAGCACAACAAUGUGCGUGCUCAACCGGAGGGUAAAAAUAACGUCUUCAAAUGUGCUCUGUGCUCUUAUACAAACCCUAUCCGCAAAGGCCUGGCAGCGCACUACCAAAAGCGCCAUGAUAUUGACGCCUAUUACACUCAUUGCCUGGCUGCCUCCAAGACGAUGAGUGACAAGCCCGCCAAGGUGAUCGCUCAGCCGCCAUCGGAUGGGGAGUGUUCAGAAAUGAGCGAAGAGCUGCGUUUGGCAGUGGAGAGGCGACGAUGUAAUCUCUGUGGAUUCCAGGCCUUUAGCAGAAAGAGCAUUGUUUCGCAUUACAUUAAACGCCACCCAGGCGUCUUCCCCAAGAAGCAACAUUCCAGCAAACUUGGCCGCUACUUUACCGUCAUUUACGCUAAGGAGCCCGAGAAGGCUGAGGACGGCGUGCCAGAUGAAGAAGACAAGGAAGUGUUGGAGGUUCCACUGGAACCGGAGGAGGACGGUGAUGAUGACUGGCUUCCCUUCAAGUGUCUGAAAUGCUACCGGUUGUCCUUUAGCACAGGGCAGCUGCUAUCUAUGCACUACAAUGACCACCACAGUGUAGACCUGAAGAGGGACUUCUUGGUUUCAUCUAUCCCUGAGGAUGAGGAGUCAGAGUUAUACGAAUGCUCCCACUGUGAGUUAAAGUUUACGGCUCUACCUGAUCUGGCUGAUCAUCUUCUUAAUCACAACGAGGAGUUCGAGAAGAGGGUUAUGAGACUGGAGAGGAGGAAGCAGCUUCUCGGCAAGCAGAAAGGAACAGAGCUGCUGGAUAAUAAACCUGAGAAGGAAAGCCUUACAAAUAAAACCCCCAUAGGAUUCAGGUGCAACUUCUGCGUGGAGAUCCACCCGACCCUCCGAGCCAUCUGCAACCACCUUAGGAAGCAUGUCCAGUAUGGAGAAGCCAAACAGGGUCAUGUCAAGCAGGAAGUCACUGACAUCCCCCUGACCCUGCCUUCAAACACUCUAACCAACGGCGACUUGGAGGAGGAUGAAGUAGCUGAAAUUGACGGCAUUGACCUACCCGAAACCUCAUCGCUCGCCCCGCCAUUUUCAAUACAUUCUUCCGAUCAUCAUGUUGACGACGCUGAGUUGGACACCAUGGAUCCGGACGCAGAAGUUGUUGAGGGGACAGCGGCCGCCCUGGUGGCUGCUGCCAGAGCCGCGGUGUCAGGGGCCCAGCUGAACCAGCGGCUGGCAGCCGGGGGUCACCCAUGCUCCCAGUGCGACCGGGUCUUCAUGUCCAUGCAGGGGCUGAGGUCACACGAGAGGAGCCACUCGGCCAUGGCUCUGUUCAGCAAAGAGGGCAAAUACAGCUGUCAGUAUUGCCAUUUUGUCUCACCCUUCAGACACAACCUGGACAGACAUGUGCAGUCUCAUCAUGGCCACCACAAGCCGUUCAAGUGCAAGUUCUGCCCCUUUAAAUCUGCCUACGCGAGUCGCCUGAAGAGCCACCUGCUUAAGGCCCACACAGGUGAACAGUACACAUACAAGUGCUUGUCCUGCCCCUUCUCCUCUAUGACCAUCAGCCAGCUGAAGGAGCAUUCUCUGAGGGACCACGGCGAGGCUUUGACCCUCCCUAAACUACGAGCUGCUACCCAGGCUGCGCACACUGCCAUCAGGCUCCCCCGACAAGCCGUUCACACAGAGGAUGCUCAUCUGACCCCAGAUGAUCCAUCAGACCUGGAGUCAGCUGAUGUGUGUCAGCAGCUCAGUCACUACCAGCUGGCUUCCCGGAGUCCGAUGUCUUCCAGCUUUCAACCCGGUGGCUCCACGGCGUGUGACGGUCGUGCAGACGCCAUCCUUACAUGCGAGUUCUGUGAGUUCAGCUCCGGUUACAUGCAGAGUCUGCGGCGGCACUACAGGGACCGCCAUGGUGGCAAAAAGCUCUUCAAGUGUAAAGACUGCUCCUUUUUUACCUGCUGCAAGGAUAACUUCUCAAUGCAUGUUGAGGCUGGUCACAACAGUGGAAGCGAGGAGUUGACUAAGGAACUGCACUGCCCUCUUUGCCUCUACCACACCAAACACAAGAGCAACAUGAUUGAUCACAUUGUUCUGCACAGAGAAGAACGCGUGGUUCCUCUGGAGAUCAGCCGCUCCAAGCUUUUGCACUACCUAGAGGGCCUUGUGUUUAGCUGCCACAAGUGCUCCUUCACAUGCUCAAGUGACCAUGCCCUGCAGCUCCAUCUGCAGAAGCACGACGAGCUUAAGCCCUACCAGUGCCAGCUGUGCUACUAUGACAGCAGCCGCCGCAGCCAGUUAGAAGAUCACCUUCGCCUGGAGCACAAGGUUAUCCGUAACUUCGAGCUGAUGGGCCGAGUCAACCUGGACCAACUGGAGAUGUUAAAGGAGCAAGAGAGUAGCGCAGAGGAGGAAGAGGAGAGUGAAAUUCUGGAGAUGGUAGUGGAUGGAGAGGCCACCAUGCAGGAGGAAGAAGAAGAGGAGGAUGAGGAGGUGGAUGACGAGGACGAUGAAGGAAUGGAAAUCAUCGGGAACAUGAUGGAUCACUCGGAGGAGAUAGAUGAUAAAGAAGUGGAGGAAAACAUAAAGGAGGAUGAGGAGGAGAAUGAGGGGCUGAAAGAAGAGGAACAAGAAGAAGAAGAAGAAGAGGAGGAGGAAGAAGAGGAGGGACAAGACGUCAUGGAGGUGGAGAAGGAAAACUCUGUUCCACAAGUCAUGGCAUCUCCUAGCAGUACCAGCUCUGGGCCAAGCAGUGGAGAGAAGCGACUUCCCUGUGAAUUCUGUGGCCGCUGCUUCACUAACAGCCUGGAAUGGGAAAAACACGUCCUGCGGCACGGCAUGGUUGUUGAUAACAUUCGCCUGGACGCCAGCUCCACUUCAGCCAUCGAGGCCUCAGCUCCGUCCUCCACUGACUCCUCUAUGAACGCGGACUCAAAACUGGAGCUUACCAGUAAUGACAAAGAGGAAGAAGAUCCUGCUGAUCUCCCACUGACUAGUCAAAGCCAGUAUGUGGAGGACAACGAAAUGCUUCACACCAAAAAGGAUCAACAGUCUCCUUGAACUGAUUGUAGCAUCUCCAUGCUUAUAAAAAGUUGGAAAAAUCAGCGCAGAAACCUUUGGGAGGCUAAAAUAAAAAAAAAAGUGACUUUUUAUCAGUUGGUGCAUUAGUAGAUUUUUUAGGUGUUACAUAUAUAAGUAUUAGGUUGUGCUGCAUUAAAACGUCUGAGCCCUUUUAAAUGGGCAGUCCCCUUGGACAGAACUUAAUAUAUUGGUAACCAAUAGUGAACAGAACUCUUUUAUCGCUGACAUUCUGGUCAAAUCCAUGGUGAAACCUCCCUACCUUGAUGAAACCAAGCUAUUUAUGAAGGAUAUUGUCCAAAUUGAUGACUUAAAGUUAGCAUUUUAUUAUUUUAAGCAUCUUUGGCUUAAUACUCCCUCCCGUUGCUCAUCAUUGGUGAAUUUUACCUUUAAACCAACGAUGGGUGAAAGAGUUUGCCCUACUGAACAGCGACUGGUUCUUACGUCUUGGUGAAAUUCUGGACUUUUUUCCAUCUUGUGUUAAAUGUGUGGGAAUAUUCCUUUAGAAACAAUGGCACCUUACCUAUGUUAGUAAAAUCAAAACUCAUUUUUCAUUUUAGUGAUUUUGAACAUUUUUCUCAGCCUUUGUAGCAAAUUGCUAUAAUCUAGGUCCCUUUAUAUUAUAUUAUACUGAGUAUAAGCCUUCAACCUGUGAGACCCGACUCCUUUAACCUGUACUUUUUGUUUGUCCUGUUUAUUGGUGAAAUUACACAACUCUGUUAUCCCUGUCGGAUGUCAUGUUGUUAAAAGACCUAGAGAUAUGUUUCAAGUGUCAUAACUGUCCGUUCAGAAACUAGCAACAGCUGAACAACAGGUUUAACAAAUAAUGGCCUCUUGAUGAAGGCAGAUUACACUUGUCUUUUCAGUGCUAAAUGCUGGAUUUGGUGUGUGCAAGGCUAUCUGCAGAGACCCAGACAGCAUGAACCCAACCAGAGGUUCACUGGGUUACAGUGUGCACAGAAUCAGACCGCUGUAGGUUCAGACCUUGGCUGCGUUUUGAAACCAGUGCCUUACAAUACAACUCGUCUAUCGGCAAAAAUAACUAACAGCUAUUUAACUUCUUUAGGAAGUUAAAGACAUGAUCAACAACCAGUUCUACGUCUAUAUUGUGCAAAAGUAGCACACUUCUUGUUCAAUGAAGAUUGGAAUCAGUGAAUAUGUAUCAGUCCAGUAGCGUGUGGUUUAGCAGCUUAGUCCUCCAUUACCCCAGCCUAAAGCCCCAUGGUCCCCACGACCUUCGCAAUAGUUCAAAUGCUGCUAAAUCGCAGCAAAUUUUGACUGCUUACUUAGAUGCCAUCCUACUAGAAGGCCUAUAUGAUGUUUUUUUCAUUCUCUGCAGGUGUGAGAGAUAUGUGUCAUGCAUUUGAACCGCAGCCUGAAGAACUCCCACCUUCCCCCCCACUCUAGCAACCUGUCAAUAUGUACAAUUUAGAGGCGAGUGCACUGAUGUCUUUGGUUGUUUUCUUAUGUUUUUUUACAAGCAACGAUUGUUCAUCUCAGCUGCUUGGUGAGAUGCGUUUUGUUGCAACAAUGCAAGGGCGGGACCUUCGAUGGUGCUACCAGGCUCCUCCACGCAUCGCCCAGAACCCCGCCACCACUGCGAUGAUCACCAUCAUUUCACCACAGAAGAUUAGUGUGCAGGGUUUUCUGUAUAUACCAGAAGACCUCUCUUAGAUCCUGCAGAGGACAUUCCAUGUUCUUGUCACGUUCUUUUUCUGUUCUUGGCAACAUUGUGUCAGUUUGGGGCUUGGUUUUCAGUCGGUUAGCCGUUUUUUUUUUUUUUUAUUGGCUUGCAUGUAGUCCUUGAAAAUCGUACCACAAGUUUAGGGCGGAAUCGCUGUUGUGCUGUUUCUCUUGAUUCGGUUUUAACAAGAAAAACCACUGAAAAGACAAGUGUAAGCAAAGCAGAAAGUCCCAGAUACAAGGAAUUGACAUUUUAGGAGGUAAAGAAAAUACUGUUAAACUCUUAUUCUGUGUUGAUAAACCUGUAGUAGUCCACAUUUGUGUUUGUUUUUUUUAAUGGUUUAUCCUGUUGAUCUUGGAAAAAAAAAAAAAGCAGAGAUUGUAUUUGUUGGAAGUUGCUGCUUAAAUGCCCUAAAGCCUUAUGAGACAAUGAUUAAGUUCAAUUUGUGUCCAAUUUGAGUAAAAACCGACAGGAAACCGUAAACAAUCUGUGAUUAAAAACAGCGGAAAGCUCUGAGUUUUAAAUUUGUUGAAGAGCACAACCAAUGGGGCUGUGUUCUCGGUACCAAAAUAUUUAUGAAGCCUGUCGUGUUUGCUGCUGUAAUCGUUUUUUUUUGUUUGUUUGUUUGUUUUUUUCUAUUUGCAUUGAACUGUCAAUGGAGAAGGUGAAUUCUGGGUUUGGACCUUGGAAUCCUGGGAUUAUACUUCAAUAUGUAGGGCCCAGGAUAGCUACAUUUUUUCAUCCAUGUAUAGAAAACAAAUCUCCUUGUUAAGUGUGUGAACUGUGGUGUUUUAGAAAGGAUUAUUUAACCCUAUUUUCUUUUUGGUGUUUUUAUUUUUCAGGGGAAGAAAAAAAAUAUGAAGAUAACCUUUAGAGACUUUUAAAUCUCAAAUCCAACAUUAUUAAGCUGUUGUACAAUGUCUGGUUGCUUUUUUGUGCAGGGAAGGAGAAGAAAUUAAGCAUAAAAGGAAAACUUAUGCAGUUCUCAAUUACUGGGCAGGGUUUUUAUUGUGCCGAAGGAAGACUUGAUGCACGCAGUAGUCCAUUUUGAAGCAUGAACCCCUUGUUGCUCCUUUGAGCUUCGCCACCAUCUGGCUUUCUAGUCAGCCUAUAGAUGUAGCUGGUUCAUGUCUCCAAAAUCUUGUCACUCCACCAUCCUCUGCCGGUUACCAGCAUUGAUGACGAGUCAUUUAGUCCAUGUAUACCUGCCCAUAAUCUCAUAAUCUUUCCCUCAACAACAGGUGAAGGCAGAAGCCCUUAUCUGCUCCUCAGUUUCUGAAAUACCUUAAAACCAGUUGAGUUGGUGCUGAAUCUUGAAGCUGUUCUCCCAUUUUGCAGAACCAACUUGUGUCUACCCCUGAAGGGAAAAGUCCGUUGAAAGUAGUUGUGGUAGGAAUACAGUUUUCUUGCACGUCCCGGUGUAAACUAGAGGACAAGUCUGGACAAAUGUGGCCAUAAAGCUGUCGGCCUGACGUUGUUCGUUGUUCUGUGAUGAAUCCUUCACUGUGUUCGGGAUCCAGACUGUCAAAUCCCCAGUUUACCAAAUGUUCUCGCCCCUGCUGAAGACACACUGGAUACUUGUAUAUAUGUUUAGUUUGUUUCAAAAAGCAUUUCUCUUUUCAGACUGUUGUCUCCAUAGUUUGAAACUAGAAUUUCUCCUUGCCUUUUUCCCCUAUAUAAUUCUGAUUACCUGAUGGUGGGUUGUGAUGUUGCCUAGGAUGAUUGUUUACAAUUUUAUUCCAUUUAUCUCUGGAUAUUCUGUAAAUAUUGUAAUUCAUUGUCUUUUUUUAACUUGAUAAUAAAGUUAUCAGAAUACA